AUGUGCUCACCUCUCUACGACGACAAAGGCGUAGUUCGCUAUUUCAUCGGCGCUCAAAUCGAUGUCACCGGGCUAGUGAGAGAGGGUCUUGGAAUCGAGUCCUUCCGGGCCCUCCUUCAAAACGACGAAGCGAAACGCGUGGAAGCGAAGCACCAUGCAAGUCACAGAAACCUACAAUCCAAAUUCUCCGCGCAUCACCCGAAGAAUAAAUCCAGAGAAUCUCUCGCCAAGCUCCAGGAAUUGAGCACGAUGUUCAGCCAAGAAGAAUCCGAUGUCGCCAGAAGCAAUAGCCGUGGAGGUGACGAGUCAACAGAAGGCGGCUCUGUCAGGUCAGGUACACCGAACAGUGUGAAGAAUAGAGGGCAAUCAAAACGUGUAAUUGGCGGUGAUGAGGUUGUGGAUAAUGGUCUCAACUUCUCGCAUAUGAAUAUUAGUAAUCCUAAUCCCAUGAACAUGAACUUACCAGGAGUCUAUAAACAUUAUCUCCUCGUGCGCCCUUACCCUUCCUUGCAAAUAAUAUUCGUUUCGCCAUCCCUCCGCAUUCCCGGGCUUUUACGCACUCACCUCUUCACCAAACUCGGCGGUCCAACUCAAACGAUCUCAGCUCUCGAAUCCGCGUUUCGGGAUGGCGCUUCGGUGACAGCCAAAGUACUUUGGCUACCCAAGAACACACACGUCGGCGAGAGGGGACGUGGCCCAUCAGAGGUCAAACCUCGAUUCAUCCGUUGCACGCCUUUGCUGGGAAGCGAUGACCGAGUGGGAGUGUGGAUGGUGGUUCUAGUCCCGGUAGAUGGAGAGCCCAUGCAUUCUAGUUACGGGACGAGGGAGCCGAUGUAUGGCUUGGUGGAUGAGAUGGCCGAUGAGAGGAGGCGCCUUGCCGCGAACGGGAGUCGGUCGAGGAAUACCAGCCGCGCAGGUUCUAUAAGGGCUACUCCGAGUAUAGAUCUGACAGCAGAUGGCGGCUUCGGACUGAAAAGUGUGAGAGGAUCUAGGACGGGAAUGUCUGUUGGGAGGGUAGGUGCAGGGAGAACAAACGGUGAGCCGGAUGAUAGGCAUCUUUAUGCCGAAUAUCUGAGGAGUUCAUCGAGUGCUGGGAGUCGAGAAGGAGGGACGCCGAACACUAGGAAAGAAAGCUUUGCCAUGUAA